AUGGGGCCCGCAGGGAGCGUGCUGAGCGGGGGACAGAUGCAGAUCGUCCUGUGGGGCAGUCUGGCAGCUGUAGCCACGUUCUUCCUCAUCACUUUCCUGAUCUUUCUGUGCUCUACUUGUGACAGAGAAAAGAAGCCCAGACAGCACAGUGGGGACCAUGAGAACCUGAUGAACGUGCCUUCAGACAAGGAGAUGUUCAGCCACUCGGUUACUAGCCUGGCAACAGAUGCUCUUGUCAGCAGUGAACAGAAUGGGGCACUCACCAAUGGUGACAUUCUUUCAGAAGACAGUACUAUGACCUGCAUGCAACAUUAUGAGGAAGUCCAGACCUCAGCUUCGGAUCUGCUGGACUCCCAGGACAGCACAGGGAAGCCGAAAUGUCACCAGAGUCGGGAGCUGCCCAGAAUUCCUCCUGAGAGUGCGGUGGACGCGAUGCUGAAUGGGAGAAGCGUGGACGGGGACCAGGCGCUGGGGGUGGAAGGGCCGUACGAGGUGCUCAAGGAUAGUUCCUCCCAAGAAAACAUGGUGGAGGACUGCUUGUAUGAAACGGUGAAAGAAAUGAAGGAGGUGGCCGCAGCUGCACACCCGGGUGAAGACCACAGCGGCAAGUUGGGGUCUACAUCUGCCUUGAAAGAGCUUCCAGGGCCCCAAACCGAGGGCAAAGUGGAAUUUGCUGAAUAUGCCUCCGUGGACAGAAACAAAAAGUGUCACCAAAGUGUUAAUGCAGAGAGUAUUAUUGGAAAUGCAUGUGAUCCAGAAGAGGAGGCCCCACCCCCUGUCCCUGUCAAACUUCUGGAUGAGAAUGAAAACCUCCAGGAGGCGGGAGAGAGAGAGGCAGGAGAAGAGCCAGCCGCAGGGGGGACCGGAGAAAGCAACAAGAGAUUUAGUUCAUUGUCGUACAAGUCUCGGGAAGAAGACCCGACUCUCACAGCAGAAGAGAUCUCAGCCAUGUACUCAUCAGUGAAUAAACCUGGACAGUCAGUGAAUAAAUCAGGACAGUCGCUUAAAGCACCAGAAUCCACCUACACCUCCAUUCAAGGGGACCCGCAGAGGUCGCCCUCUUCCUGUAAUGAUCUCUAUGCCUCUGUGAAAGACUUUGAGAAAACCCCAAACAGCGACAGCAUCAACACGCUUCCACCAGCAGGGAGACCCAGCGAGGAGCCCGAGCCUGAUUAUGAAGCAAUACAGACUCUCAACAGAGAGGAAGAAAGGGCUUCCCUGGAGACCAACAGCCUACUUGGCCUUGUCCCAAAAGAGAAUGACUACGAGAGCAUUGGGGACUUGCAGCAAUGCAGAGAUAUCACCAGGCUUUAG